AUGGACGCGUUGAUAAGCUCGUAUCUACGGCUACUGAACCGUGACCCACUCUCGGCAUCAAAAACUGAAAAUUUACCAAACUUUGACUUGAAACGAAUGGAAUCCACCGUGUUACAAUCACUCGAAAAACAACUCUUUGAGAAUGUAAAUUUACAAACUUCAAAUCAACUAGACUCUAUGUGCAUGAAAUUUGAAUUCCUAUGCCAAAUAUAUAAGAAAAGCAAAGAUGCAGGCAAUUGGCUCAAAACUCUAAAGAGACAUCAUGUGUUCAUUGUACGAAUGUUUGAGCACAAACAAGAUUUAAACUUGAUUUAUACACAAUUAGAAUUUUCGUUUGUGCAGCUAUCAAAAUUGUUGAAGGUACCAUUGGGAGGAGAAGAUGAUUUGAAACACAGAUUGUUACUUGGCGUUUCCUACGUUGAGUAUCAAGGUGUAAUAGAAAAUCAAGAAGAUGUGGCAAAUGCAGUAGUUGCAUUGUCUAUGUUUUGCUUACAAUGGCUAGCCCAAAAAUUAGCUAAGGUAAUAAAAGAAAAUAAAGAAAGCAGUGGAGAAAAUAUAUCUCUACUCAAGUUGGUCCCUAGAGCAAUGCUGCAAACUGGAAACAUGCAUAAAUGGAUGAUGCAACGAGCGACGACAGAUAUAGGAAAAUAUCGAACCAAUUGUAAAAAAUUAUUACAAGGAUUUAUCAAGAUUUGUGAACGCCAAAUUAAAACAAGUACAAAUGUGCUUGAUGAUACCUUGACUGCUCUCAAGUUGAGGCUUGCAGAAGUAACCAAAGAAAUGGAAAAGACAGAUGUAAACGAACAAAAACUAAACAAGAAAGAAAAUGUGAUUGUUCCGGACCUUGUACAAAGAGUAACUUCUAAUGUGCACUUGCUCAAGGACGAUGCAGUACUUUUACAAUUGAAAAAACUUGACUGGAAUACUGAUAGUAUAGCAUAUUUCACCCAAGCUUUCUCGACUCAGAUGGUUGAUAUCGUGGAGUUUACAAAACAUUAUCAAAAUAUCUUUGAUCAUUUAAUCAUUAUAGUUAGAGACACAUUAUCUCCACCAUUAAUACCAAGUCUCAAGCAAAUGUUUAGUAUUUUUCAGUUUUACAAGCAAAGGAAAAGGAUGAGAAACGUGUCAAAUUUGUUAUACAAUUUGGGUAGAAAAACAAGUGACACUGGCCUAUUGGAAACAUCAGCUCUUUAUGAAUGUCUCGUUUUUGAAUUGGAGCCUACAUCUGCAAGCUUAGAUAUACUUGUCAAAAAGGUCAAGGCCAUGUGUUGUGUUAUCAAUAGUAGUGAAAGAAACAGCAACAGAAGCAUGCAAAACAAUGACAAUGACAUUGACAUUGACAACAAUAAAGCAGUGUUCUUACAAUUUUUACGAUGCUGUGAAAAAAUUUCUGUUUUUUCACAAACACAACUUGCUCAAAUAUGUGAUCUUUUUUUGCAAAUCCCCGACAGGUUAAUGUACCUUUAUGCGGUGAGUGAAUCCUUCAAAUUAGAGUUUUUGCAAGCUAUUUCCAAUCACUUGCGGUUAAAUCUGUCGAUUAAAAUUUCAACUUUCCGACAUAAAGUUGAACAGUUUGUCACGUUUUCAGACCUGAAAAAUAAAGCACAAGUUCUCAACGCAUUUGUUUCUGAUAGCGAAGGAUACCUGGAGCUGAAAAAAGUGAAAAGGGAAAUUGAUCCAUUAGCCAGUAUUAGUCAGAGACUCUUGGACUGCAGCCAGUUCUCUCAAGCUUUGAUCAAAGACUGCUUUGAUACUUUUAAACAAUGGGAACCAACAUCUCAGUGUUUAAAAGAAUAUGACCUAAUCAAACAUGUUUUUUGUUUCUUUCAAAACCAUGGAUUGUCUAGUGUUAUACUUGUCCUUGCGAAAAUACUCGAAGACAAAGUAGCAGAUUUGGCUCUUCAAAUAUAUCUACAAUUUGCAAAAUGCAACGCUUGUGAGCGUUUAUCCAUGUUUGAUGAUUGGCGGAAAUCACUUCAAAUUUUGCAGCUGUUGUUAAAGCGGACGCAAAAGACAUCAAUAAGAGAUAUUAUUAACUACCGUGUGGAAAACAUUAAAUUGUGUAUUGCUGAGAGUAACGUUAAUAUGGCGAGGGAAAAGUUUGCUGAGUUGAUCAAAGUCAUAUCUCAAAGACCUGAAUUUGAUACUGUACGCUCAAAUUCAUUACCAUUACUGGAAAAACUAAACAAUUUCUCAAUUUUGGGUAAUUUGCAUUUUCUAGCUUCGAAAAUAUGUCACCAUCCAGUGGAUUCAUAUGCUCACAUCAAGAUGAGUUUACAAAUAUUGUAUUCGAUUCAUAAAACUUGCAGUGAUUUACCUUUGAAAAGCUUACCCUUGAGAUCACAUGAGUCUUGGAUGAUAUCCCAUGAGCUCAAAUACAGAUGUCUUCAUUUACUCAGUGAUGUAUACGAGUGUGCUAUUCUUAAUCUCGUUGACUUGGGCUUGUCUAACAAAUUGGGUGUUUAUCUUAAUGAAUGGACAAACAUAAAUGACUUGAUGGACCUGCCUAUUGUUAAAGAAGUCAAUAAACUUAAGUUAUCACUCUAUGGAGGAAUUGCCAAAAUGAAAAAUUUCUCAACGUAUACAGAAACAAAUGAUACAUUUGUCAAUAAAAAUAUCACGGUAAUGUACCUUCAGCAAAUAAAAAAAGGCAUGGGAGAAUACACAGAAAACAUCCACCUUGACCUGCAAUUUGUGUUCAAAGCUACCCAAAAUGCUUUAGAAUUAAAUUUUGAUACAAUAACUCACAUAUAUGAGCUGAAACAGUAUCAACAGUUUGACUCGUACAAUUCACAAACUAAUCAAUUUGCAAGCAAUAUAAAAAUGUCUUUUGAAACUAGUUUGCAAAAGUUGAUUGCAAGCAGUAGUCCACAAUACACUCCUUUUGAUGUACAAAUCUUUCCCGCAAUUGCUAAUGUUACGGAUCCAACUAUAAGACAAAUCCCAACACAGAUAUUUGCAGCGUUACUUGACUGUAAAGACCAGCUUCUUGCGAUGCUUCAACUGUCUGUUUCGCUAGUUCAAUUGAGACUGUUAUUGUUUCUUCUUUCGCGCUGCAUCCAUUUGAUUUCUUUGAUAGGUGUCUAUAAGGGUAAGGAAAUGUUAUUAAAACUAUAUUUUUAUCAAGACCUCAUCAAAUUCAAUCCCUUUAAGAACCAAAGAGCCAUUGCCGUCUUACCAAAACUUGACUUUGUUCCAAAAUCUCCAAGACCUUUUUCUCAAUUGAACAUGGAUGCAGAAUACCAAGAUUUCAAACUGAAUUUGGAAUUCUAUCUACCAAAUAACUACAAUGUUAUUACUAUGGAUAUAUGUGAACAUACCGGAGAUCUUUUGUUGUCCAAAUGCAGUCGAGGUUCGUUACCUAUAUUUAUAAGACUAUCACUUGAAAGGUAUAUUGAUCGCGAAGGUAUCGAUGUGAUGAAUUUUGAAAGAUUAAAGCAAGAAUUCAACCGCAUUUUUGAAGAGAAUCGUAAACUGACACAUAACUCUACAACGUCCAUGAUCAAAACCGUUGAUGAUAGGAAAGGUUGGUGGAAACAAAGGUUCACAUUGGAUUAUGAGCUCAAAGAUCUAUGUCAACAUGUUGAGGAUUUCUGGUUAGGAGGUUUCAAAGGAAUAUUUGCCUCCAAUAAUUUGAAUAGUCACUUGUAUUCAAAGUUCAAAGAGGAGCUAGUGAAAAUUUUGCAAACACUGGUUUCAAGGACAAUAAAUGAAGGGAUUGUUCUUGCUGAAUUUGUUUAUGAAUGUUUUUUCGCAUUACUGCAAUAUGAACGCUCUGCUGUAAGUGAUUUGUUAUCGUACAUCAUUCUGAUCACAAGCCUACAUACCAAUAUUGACAGCAGCAAUAACCGAAACAACAGUAAGAUUACAGUGUCUGGUAUACGCUUGGAAAAGUUGCAUCGGGCUAUAGAGCAAUUGAUUGCUAAAUUUGCUCUAUUGAAAGGAUUCGAUACGAAGAGUCACAUUGUUCUUAUCCCAAGCUCAAGAUGUUCGUUUUUUCCAUGGGAGUCGAUGGAUAUAUUACGCAACCAAUCAGUUACUAGAAUGCCCUCAGUCUCUAUGCUUUUAGAGACUUUAAAAACAGAAAAGGAAAAAAAGAAGGUGAUGGGUAAAGAAAUCGGAAAUAAAAUUGGAAAAGAAAAAGGAAAUAUAGAGCACCAGGAACAAGUUCUUGACCAAAGAAACGUGUAUUAUCUAAUCAACCCUGGUGGUGAUUUGAAAAAUAGUCAAGAAAGAUUUGGCCCUAUUGUCGACUCGUUCCCGCAUUGGAGAGGUUUAGUUGGCUCAAAACCUGAUGAAAAUCAAAUGGUUGAAAACAUAAUGAACUCUGAUUUGUACAUUUACAUUGGCCAUGGCAGUGGUGAUCAAUAUAUCAAAAUGUCAAACUUGAUGAAACAGACAUUUGAUAAUACGAAAUCAAAAAGUACUAAUUUACCGCCUACGCUACUUCUCGGCUGCUCGUCUGGUGAAAUUCGUGAUUGUGGAGCGCUUGAGCCACAAGGAACUUUUCUUCGUUGGCUAAGUUGUAAAUCGCCACUAAUCAUAGCCAACUUAUGGGAUGUAACCGAUAAGGAUAUCGAUGCUUUUACAAUCACCAUGUUCACGCAUUGGGGAUUGAUUGAUGAAGGUAGCGUUGAUACCAGGGAGAACUUGAGAAAUAAGAGUGGAAACAGAGAUGGAAAUAGCAUUAAAGGGUGGAGCAGAGAGAAUAUAGCGCAAGCUGUAAAGAAAAGUAGAUCGGUAUGCAAUUUGAAAUAUUUGAAUGGCGCAGCUCCAGUUAUAUAUGGACUUCCAUUAAGUUUAAAUAACUGA